AUGUCUCCACUUGUCAUGCGGAUUAUUUCCGCCUCUGUCGCCGUUUCUCACCGAGCAGGAAGAAUUAUCCGAGAUGUUAUGGAUAAGGGACAACUUGGGAUCGUUGAAAAGGGAAAGAAUGAUUUUCAAACCCAAGCAGACAGAUCAGCUCAAAGAUGUAUUGUAGCAUCUCUCCACAGACAGUUUCCAAAAGUUUCUAUAUUUGGUGAAGAGGAUUUAGACCCAACAGAAAAGAUUGAACCUGAUUUUAUUGAAACUAAUUAUGAUGAAGAAGUUUUAACGAAGAAUUGUCCUGAAUAUUUACAAAAUGUCACAGAUGAAGAGAUUGUAAUUUGGGUGGAUCCAUUAGAUGGAACAGCUGAAUACACACAGGGUUAUUUAGACCAUGUGACUGUGUUAAUCGGGGUGGCAGUAAAAGGAACAGCAGUAGGGGGUGUAAUCUAUCAACCAUAUUAUAAUUACCAGGAACCACCAGAGGUCAAAAGAGGUCGUUGUAUAUGGGGUGUUGUUGGUUUAGAUUCAUUUGGUUUUACACACACUAGUCCACCAGCGGACAAAAAUAUCAUAACAACAUCUCGAUCUCAUUCCAAUAGAAUAGUAACCGAGUCUGUUGAAGCUUGUGAACCAACAGAAGUUGUAAGAGUUGGUGGAGCAGGGCACAAAGUGUUACUUUUAAUAGAAGGUAAAGUUCAUGCUUAUGUGUUUGCCAGUCCUGGUUGUAAAAAAUGGGAUACAUGUGCUCCAGAGGCUGUCCUUCAUGCUGUGGGUGGAACUUUGACAGACAUGCACGGCAACAAAAUAUAUUAUCAUAAAGGCGUUCAGAAACGUAACUCUGGCGGCGUAUUAGCAACAUUGUCCAAACACAAUUGGUACGUUGAUAAAAUACCUGACCAUGUCAAAGAAGUUCUUUGUCCUGAUACUGAAAAAACAGACUCCUUACUGUAG